AUGCUGAAUUGCAGUGACAUUGGCACAGUCCCGGAAGACAUCACAACGUGGGAAUGGGUGUUUGAGACCAAGGAGUUCUCCCCGCUGUACAAGACGCCCCGAGAGCCGCUGGCAGGGUAUGUCAAUGCAGUUACCAAGGAACGCCUGGAUUGGGCGGCUGUCAAGACCGCGGCCACGCAACUGAGCACCGCGCUGGUUAAGGACUAUGCAUUCCAGCCCGGCGAGACCAUUUCGCUGUUCAGCACCAAUACCAUCUGGUACCCGGUGGCCAUGUGGGCUGUCAUCCGAGCAGGUGGAAGGGUUAACGGCGCGUCUCCUGCCUACACGGCCGAGGAAAUGACCUACGCCCUGAAGAUCGCAAAGUCUCGGUUCCUUAUAACGCUGCCGACGUCGUUGGAUGUGGCCUUGGCUGCGGCUCGCAAUGCUGGCAUCCCGCGCCACCAUGUUUUCCUGCUGGAAGGUCAGGCGGACGGCUGCGUCAGCAUCCAGGAUCUCAUGAAGCGCGGCGAGAGAUAUACCCCCGAUCCGCCAUACCGAGUCCCACACGGCAAGACGAACAAGGACGUCUGUGGGUAUUUGAAUUUCAGCAGUGGGACGACGGGGUUGCCAAAGGCUGUUAUGCUCUCGCACCACAAUAUUAUCGCACAGUGCCACCAGCUCAGACAGAUCCAGGCGCCCGGGCGGUACAAGAUCCUGGCCGUGAUGCCGCUGUUCCACAUUACCGGCCUGGUGAGAUUCUGCACGUACCCAAUUUUCAUGAACGGAGACAGCGUCAUGCUCCCGGCCUUUACCAUGGAGUCCAUGCUCCGCGCCAUCUGCGAGUUCAAGAUCCAAGAACUCAUCCUUGUCCCGCCCAUCAUCAUCCGCCUCGUGCGCGACAAGAUCGUCGACAACUACGAUCUCCGCCACGUCGACAGAUGGUCGUCCGGCUCGGCACCCAUCUCGCCGGAGAUCAUAGCCUUGCUGCAGAAAAAGUUCCCCUGGACGGGAUUCCGACAGGGUUACGGGGCUACAGAGUCGACAGCGUGCAUUUCGGCACACCCACCUUCGCAUUACGACUACAAGUAUGCGACCACGGGGGGGAUGUUGGUCGCCAAUACUGAAGCGAAAGUGAUUGAUCUGACGACAGGCAAGGAACUGGGGCCGGGUGAGACGGGGGAGAUUCUCGCGAGAGGACCCCAGAUCGCCAUGGGUUACCUGGACAACCCGGCGGCUUCGGCCGAGACGUUCGACCAGGAGGGCUACUUCCACACCGGCGACGUGGGCCAUUUUGACGCCGAGGGACUGGUCCACAUCGAAGACCGCAUCAAGGAGAUGAUCAAGGUCAAGGGCCUCCAGGUGCCGCCGGCCGAGUUGGAGGACCUGCUCCUCGGACACCCCGAGGUCGAGGACUGCGCCGUGCUGGGCAUCCCCGACGAGUAUUCGGGCGAGAGACCCAAAGCCUACGUCGUGCUGAAGAACGGCGUGCGCGAGAGCGACGACGUCGGCAGGCGGCUGCUGCAGUUCGUCAAGGAGCGCAAGGUGCGCUACAAGUGGAUCGUCGAGAUCGAGUUCACGACCCAGGUGCCCAAGAGUCCCACGGGCAAGUUGCUGCGUCGCAUCCUGAAGGUCAAGGACAAGGAAGGCAAGGACCGAGGCCUGAGGGUAAGGGACGAGCCGGAGAGGGCGAGGCUGUGA